UUCCCCUCCGUCGCAGCGGUGAAAACGUGGGUGGCCGCCCGUGGUGGUGUCUUGCACCCCAAGGAGCCGCCGCCCAUCGCCGUCGCCGUCCCCUCCCCCACCAGCGAGGACCGAUGAUGGUGUGGUGACGCCGCGCGGGGUCGCCACCCAUAUAAGCCCUAUCCCCGCCCCGCGCUUCAUCUUAACUAAGGCUGAUUGAGCCACCCUUCUCCCGGCCUGCCCACCUCUCUCGGCAGCCCCAUCAUGUCCACCGCGGCCAGGGCGUCUUCUGUUGCGGCAGCGAUGAUGGCGCCGGCGGCAGACCAGCUGCCCUUGAUACUGUGGCCGGUGCUCCUCCACGGCGUCGGCGCCGCGGCCCACCUCCUGCUCGCGCUCGCCGUCGCGGGGCGGCUAGUCCUCUCCGCCUCCGCCGGCGGGCGCGGGAAGGACGCCGCCGCGGAGAGAAGGGGCGGCGGUGAGCCCCGGUGGUCGCGCCGGGCAGUCGCGGUGCGCGCCACGUGGGCCCUGGCGGCGUGCGAGCUCUUCCUCGCCGCGUACUCGUGGGUCAUGUGGUACCUUGACAGCGGCGGCGGCGAUUGGAGGUCGCCCGACGUGGUGGCGGACCAGGUGGACGCGGCCGCGCGCGCCGUGGCGUGGCUGCUGCUCGCGGCGUGGCUGCAGGCCGAGCACGGCCGCCCGCGGCGACGCGGGGACCAGGAGCGGUUCCCCGCCGCGCUCAAGCUCUGGUGGGCGCUCUUCCUGCUGCUCUCCGUCCUCUCCGUCGCCGUCCACGCCGCCACGAGCCUCGACCGGCUCCCCGUGCCCGCGCAUUCGUGGGUGGGCGACGCCGUCUCGGUCCUCGCUGCCGUGGUGCUACUCGUCUCCGGGUUCUCGGGCACGAGAGAGGCUGGCGACUCUGCUUCUGAGGAGCCUCUGCUCAAUGGUGUCGCCGGGAACAACGGCAACGACACCGUCGAUGCUUCCAUGUAUACCGGCGCCGGCUUCCUCAGCGUCCUCACCUUCUCCUGGAUGGGGCCUCUGCUCGCCGUCGGGCACAGGAAGACCCUCGGCCUCGACGACGUCCCAGACCUUGACACCGGUGACAGCGUCGCCGGCCUGCUCCCGUCGUUCAAGACCAACCUCGAGGCGCUCGCGGGCGACGGCCAGAAGCUCACGGCGUUCAAGCUCACGAAGGCCUUGGUGCGCACCGUGUGGUGGCACAUCGCGGUGACCGCGCUCUAUGCGCUGGUUUACAACUUGGCCACCUACGUCGGCCCGUACCUCAUCGACUCCUUGGUACAGUACCUCAACGGUGAUGAGAGGUACGCGAGCAAGGGGAAGCUCCUUUUUGUCACCUUCAUUGUAGCCAAGGUGUUCGAGUGCUUGUCGCAACGGCACUGGUUCUUCCGGCUGCAGCAGGCGGGGAUACGUGCCCGGUCCGCGCUCGUCUCCGUCGUGUACCAGAAAGGGCUCUCCCUGUCCAGCCGCUCGAGACAGAGCCGCACGAGUGGUGAAAUGAUCAACAUCAUCAGCGUCGAUGCCGACCGUGUCGGGCUCUUCUCAUGGUACAUGCACGACCUCUGGUUGGUACCACUCCAAGUAGGCAUGGCAUUGUUCAUCCUGUACUCCACCCUCAGGAUUGCCUCCCUUGCCGCGCUCGGUGCCACUGUUGUUGUCAUGCUUGCAAAUGUACCUCCAAUGCGGAUGCAGGAGAAGUUCCAGCAGAAGCUCAUGGAUUGCAAGGACGUCAGGAUGAAGGCGACAUCUGAAAUCCUGCGCAACAUGAGGAUUCUUAAACUGCAGGGGUGGGAGAUGAAGUUCUUAUCCAAGAUCAUCGACCUGAGGAAGACAGAGACGAGCUGGCUCAAGAAAUACCUUUACACAUCGACCAUGGCCACCUUCGUGUUCUGGGGUGCCCCGACCUUCGUCGCCGUGGUAACCUUCGGGGCAUGCAUGCUCUUAGGGAUACCAUUGGAGUCAGGGAAGGUGCUCUCUGCAUUGGCCACAUUCCGGGUGCUUCAAGAACCAAUAUACAACCUUCCUGACACGAUCUCGAUGAUGAUCCAGACUAAGGUGUCUCUUGACAGGAUAGCAUCUUUCCUAUGCCUCGAGGAGUUGCCAAUGGAUGCUGUGCAGAGGUUGCCAAGUGGUACCUCUGAUGUUGCAAUUGAGGUCAGCAAUGGGAGUUUCUCCUGGGACGCCUCACCUGAAGCGCCAACUCUGAAAGACCUGAACUUUCAAGCUCGGCAGGGCAUGCGUGUUGCAGUAUGUGGGACAGUCGGCUCUGGAAAAUCAAGCUUACUCUCUUGCAUUCUUGGUGAGGUUCCAAAGCUAUCAGGAGAGGUCAAGAUUUGUGGGACAAUGGCAUAUGUCAGCCAGUCCGCAUGGAUACAGAGUGGCAAAAUUCAGGACAACAUACUGUUUGGAAAGGAGAUGGACAGUGAGAAGUAUGACAGGGUCCUUGAGUCUUGUUCUCUUAAGAAAGACUUGGAGAUCUUGCCAUUCGGUGAUGAGACGGUCAUUGGAGAGCGAGGCAUCAAUCUUAGUGGCGGACAGAAGCAAAGGAUUCAGAUAGCCAGGGCUUUGUAUCAGGAUGCCGACAUCUAUUUGUUUGAUGACCCUUUCAGUGCAGUUGACGCUCAUACAGGAUCCCACCUUUUCAAGGAAUGCUUGCUUGGAGCUUUGGCAUCCAAAACCGUGGUUUAUGUCACUCAUCAGAUUGAGUUCCUACCUGCAGCUGAUCUUAUUCUGGUAAUGAAAGGUGGGAGAAUAGCACAAGCAGGUAAAUACCAUGAAAUACUUGGUUCAGGUGAAGAACUCAUGGAACUGGUUGGUGCUCACCAGGAUGCUCUCACAGCAUUGGAUGCGAUUGAUGUUGCUAAUGAAGGCAGUGAGGCUCUCUCUUCCAGCGGUGCAGUAACAGUAAGCCUUUCAAGGUCGUUGUCUUUAGCUGAGGAGAAAGAUAAACAAAAUGGCAAAGAAGACAGCGGCAAGGUUCGAAGUGGGCAGCUGGUGCAGGAAGAAGAAAGAGAGAAAGGCAGGGUGGGAUUCUGGGUCUACUGGAAGUACCUCACGUUGGCUUACGGGGGAGCUCUUGUACCAUUUGUGUUGCUAGCGCAGAUACUUUUCCAAGUACUUCAGAUUGCUAGCAAUUACUGGAUGGCCUGGGCUUCUCCUGUGUCGAAGGACGUUGAGCCUCCAGUGAGCAUGUCGACACUGAUCUAUGUCUUUGUGGCGUUGGCUGUUGCAAGCUCACUGUGCAUCCUCAUAAGAGCACUGUUUCUUGUGACAGCUGCAUACAAGACAGCAACUCUGUUGUUCAACAAGAUGCAUAUGUCCAUAUUCAGAGCUCCUAUGUCUUUCUUCGAUUCCACUCCGAGUGGGCGCAUCUUGAACAGAGCUUCAACUGAUCAAAGUGAAGUGGACACCAGCAUUGCUUACCAGAUGGGUUCUGUUGCGUUUUCCAUCAUACAACUAGUUGGGAUUAUUGCAGUGAUGUCUCAGGUUGCAUGGCAGGUGUUUGUUGUGUUUGUUCCUGUAAUAACUGCCUGCUUCUGGUAUCAGCGCUACUACAUUGAUACAGCCAGAGAGCUGCAAAGGCUGGUAGGGGUUUGCAAAGCUCCAAUCAUACAACAUUUUGCAGAAUCUAUUACUGGGUCGACAACCAUCAGAAGUUUUGGCAAGGAAAAUCAGUUUGUAUCAACAAAUAGCCAUCUGAUGGAUGCCUACUCUCGACCGAAAUUCUACAAUGCUGCAGCAAUGGAGUGGCUUUGCUUCCGCCUGGAUACACUGUCAUCCCUUACAUUUGCAUUUGCUUUGAUAUUUUUGAUCAGUCUGCCAACUGGUCUCAUUGAUCCAGGAAUUGCUGGUCUCGCAGUCACAUAUGGGCUUAAUUUGAACAUGCUGCAAGCAUGGGUUGUCUGGAGUAUGUGCAAUUUGGAGAACAAAAUUAUAUCAGUAGAAAGAAUUCUGCAAUACAUGAGCAUUCCUGAAGAGCCCCCUCUUUCAAUGUCAGGAGAUAAGUUGCCUCAUAACUGGCCAUCGGAGGGAGAAAUUCAGCUCUCUAACGUCCAUGUGAGAUAUGCUCCACAACUACCAUUUGUUCUGAAGGGCCUUACGGUCACUUUUCCUGGAGGCAUGAAGACUGGUAUUGUCGGAAGAACAGGCAGUGGUAAAUCAACUCUCAUACAGGCCCUUUUCCGUAUCGUGGAACCUACUAUUGGACAGAUACUAGUAGACGGUGUCGACAUCUGCACUAUUGGGCUGCAUGAUCUGAGGUCUAGACUGAGCAUCAUUCCCCAAGAUCCAACAAUGUUUGAGGGAACUGUGCGGAGCAACCUUGACCCUCUUGGAGAGUACAAUGACGAUCAAAUCUGGGAGGCCUUGGAUAACUGUCAGCUAGGAGAUGAGGUCAGGAAGAAGGAGCUUAAACUUGACUCACCAGUGAUAGAGAAUGGAGAGAACUGGAGCGUGGGUCAGCGUCAGCUUGUCUGUCUUGGUAGGGUGAUUCUGAAACGGACCAAGAUACUGGUUCUGGACGAAGCCACUGCUUCUGUGGAUACCGCGACAGACAACAUGAUUCAGAGAACACUACGGCAGAAUUUUUCAGACGCAACUGUCAUCACAAUCGCGCAUAGGAUCACCUCGGUCCUCGACAGCGACGUGGUCUUGCUUCUUGACAACGGUGUGGCCGUGGAGCGUGACACGCCGGCCAAGCUGCUGGAGGACAAGUCGUCUCUGUUCUCAAAGCUUGUAGCAGAGUACACGAUGAGGGCGACACAUACAUAGCAGAUGAGCAAAAGCUCAGGCGAUUCUUCCAGGCCGUUGAGGCUGUCUUGAUGAGUGAGUCUGACCGUUGAUGAUGCCGAAAAUUUUCUGGUAGAUGAGAUGUGAAGUAGCAGCAGAUCUGCCACCAUAUGGUGUUUAGUCCUGCUAAAACUAGCGGUAACUUUUACAUGUUCUGAAUCAAAAGCCGAAAAGGUUCUUAAAAGUUUGUUAAAGCAGUAUUACUGUAUUGAUGUCUGAAGAAAGUAGUUGCUGAUGAUAGGAAGAACUUUUGUCAUGUGCUUGACGGUGGACUGUACACGCGGGAAAAGUUCUGUCACUAGGUAAUUUGGUGGACUGUGAUACCUGAAUAAAUAAAGAAUUUUGUUUAGUUUUGCAUUUUA